GCCCUGCCACCCGGAGGUGUGUCCCGCCCUAGGCGCGGCUCCCGCAGGUACUAAUCGCCGCGCUGCCCCGGCUCCCUCCUGCACUGCCGCCCGCUCCCCGGAGCCCGCGGCCGGGAUGUACGGGGGGCAGCAGCAGCUGCAGCCCCUCGCGCUGCCUCCGCACCUCCAGCAGCAGCAACAGCAGCAGCACCACUACUACCGGCGCCAGCAGCACUACAGCACGCUCCCCGCCGCCCGGCGGCCCCUCUCCUGCCCAGAGCCGCUGCCCCGGCCCCUGCCCUGCCGGGACCCGCCGCCCUGCCCGGAGCCACCGCCGCCGCCGCGGCCCCCGCCGUGCCGGGACCCGCCGCCCUGCCCCGAGCCCCCGCGGCCCCUGCCGUGCAUCGAUCCCGCGCCCCACCAGCAGCAGGACAGCAGCGUGGCGUACGACCGGGUGCGGACCUACGGCCCCGGCUGCCGGAGGGUGAGCACGUCCUGCUCCUCCCGGGCGGCCUCGCCGCUGGAGUGCUCGCACGGCUACCAGCAGGUCCUCGCCGGCUGCGACCCGCCGCAACAGGGCACUUUUCGAAGGAUUAUCAUUGAGAAUCCUGAUCAGGAGCCAUUAUCCCCAUUUCUGAGAGGGGCAAAUUUCUGUCCUGGAAAUAAUGUCAUCUAUGAAAAGACAAUAAGAAAAUAUGAGCUAUUAAAUCCCCUCCAAGAGAAGCAGUAUCAGUUCUCCCGCCAGUGCCAGAGUCCCCAGCAAGUGGAGCAGUGCCAGGCUGCCCAGCCCUGCCAGUACUCCGAGCAGUCCCAGGUCACUCACCAGUGCCAGCAGACACAGACCAGCAGCCCUUGUGAAGUAAUUCCAGUCUCUGUCAGCGAUGACUGCAGAGGAAAUACAGUGAGGAGGGUGACAGUGCAAACCUGUGAGCAGGUGAAUUGUGCUCAGGAAAAUAAUGACCAGCUGGACUGCCGCUACUUCGGUGAGCUCCUGGCUGAGCUGCACCGCAAGGCCAACGACUUGCACAGUUGUUUACUGCAGCAUGUGGAAAAGAUAGGAGGAAGGAACCAUGACAUUGAAUUUACGGGUCAGACUGAAGAUAUUGAAGAAUUAAUUCCCAAAGGACUGUCUGAGGCAACAAAGCAGCAGAUUCGUUAUCUCCUCCAGAUGAGAGUCACAUCAGAUAAAUCUUUGAGACUUGUGCUUUCCACUUUCAAGAAUCUACGUGAAGAGCUUUGCCACCUGCAGGAUGACUUGGGGAAGUUAGAAACAGACAAUGUGUUACUUAAGAAGGAUUUGGCUUUUAAAGAUUGUCAAGUAAAAGAGUAUGAAACUAUGCUGGCUUCUCUGAGAGAGAAUAAUCGUCAGCAGCAGCAAGGACUCAGAGAAAGUACUGCAAAGUGUCGCUCUCUGGAGGAACAGCUCCUCUGCCUUCGGCUCAGUGAGGGAGAAAAGGAUUGUCAGCUAAAGGAGCUGGAGUUCUGCAAGCGUGCCUUGGAGCAGGAGAUCCAGAGCCUCAGGCUGCAGGCCUGCUCUAAUCCAACCCUGCAGACCACCACGGACGAACUCUCCAGCCGUUACGUAGAGAUGAUCAAUAACUUGAGGGAGGAUAAAGAUCGCGAGAUCCGCAGCCUUAGGUCUCAGUUAUGCCAAUUCCAGCAAGACAUAUCAAGGAGAGAAGGAAGCAACAGUGACUUGCAAAUGCGGUUGCAUGAACUGACAUCAAUGUUGGAGGAGAAAGAUGCUUUUAUUAAACAACAGCAAGAGGACCUCUACAGACUGAAGCAUGACAAGUUAUCUGGCAGUCAGUCCCCUGCUGUAACUACUGUCAUCACCAAGAAGUACAGGAAUCAGUACCCUAUUCUGGGACUCCUGUCUGACGACUACAAGGUUACAUCACCUGUCAAUAAAUCACAAACCAUUGUCAUUGAGAGGACGGGAGAGAUCUGGAAACACGAAUGAGAGAGAUCUCCAGGCCGUCAGCUGCUCAGAGGAGUCCACGAUGACUUAAAGCUGCUUUACUUUCUGCUAUUCUGCAUCUCAAACAAGUUCAGUCUGAUAGUGGGAAAGGCUGGGGAACAUGCCAAGGACAUGGAAGCAUGAAGAUGACGGAGAACACUGUCUCAUCAUGCACGGUUACCUGUGUCUGUAGUCUGCCACCACCACCUGCGUACAGAUGCUGCUGGUACUUCUUCACACACAUGCUUUUGACACAGAGGAGCAUGGUGCACCACGUGUUUGUGGACUUCAUUUUCUUGAUGUGACAAAUUCUGUUCUUCAGCCACUCCUGAAGCAAUCUGAGAUACAAAAGGAAGAUGUCUGAAGCCUUUUCCUCCUUGCACUCAUAGCCAUAUUCUCCUGCCCUGGCUACUCAUGCUGAGAAGUGGGAAUGAUACAGAUCUGUGUCCCAGACACACCAAAUGGCUGGUUUCACUGCACGCAGAUUUCCAGAUUGCUGUUCAAUCUACCACUGCCUGUCCAAGAUGAAGCAAACCCCAGAAACCACCAUUAUGGGGAACUUCAGAACCACCUCACUGAAGAACACUCAUCUGCCUGCGUACGGGAAGCUCAAGCACAAAGGAAAUGACUUCCACUUACACCAGGUACACAAGCUGGCGAACAGCAGAG